UCUUAUUCUUGGCCUACUUUAUCUCUUUGAUCAUCCUUUCUCCAGCCUUUGAGACUCUCAAAGUUUGAUGUUUAGACAAAACACCCUUUGACGUUCACCGUUUUUUAUUUUAGAAAGUAUUUUGUCACAGGUUUUUAAUUUUUUCCUCAGAAACCGCUGCCAUGCUAUAAUUACUUGAACAACAUUUCGGGCAAAUUUCAAAACAAGUACAAGGCUGAAAUUAUGGUUAGCACUUCAGGAAAUAUAUUUUAGGCUAAACGUCUGCUGUGAUGCGGAAAUUGAGCUUUGCUUUGCUGUCGGACAUUUCACACACCACCUGAAAAGUUUCUGGAGUUCAAAGGUCGUCUCCUCGGUAACUGCUCUCAAGCGUCCUGAAGACGAGCAGAAGGGACGAGGGCAGCUCAUUCCUGCGUGAGGUCUGGGGACAACUUUCCAGACCCGCUUCUGUGUUUCGGGAAGCCGCGGAAAACAGGGUCCCUCCUGCUGCUAUUCGAUGCGGGACGUGUCUUCAGCCUGAAGAAGCCCGUUUAGGAGGUCCAGGGGUGCAGGAGGAGGAGGUGGGCAGCGCAGCGCAGCGGCAUGUCCGAGAUCACCCCCCUGGCCAACCCCCGAGGGGUGAAGCGACUCUGCGAGCUGUGCCAGAGACCAGCGCGCCUCCAGUGCUCCCACUGCCGGGUCACCUACUACUGCGACUCGGAUCAUCAGGGAGCAGACUGGGUGGGCAUCCAUGAGAAGGUCUGCCAGCUGCUGAUCCCCCUGCGCACUGCUGUGCCCUUCCACACUCUGGAGGUGGAGAGAGAGCACCAUCGCGCCCAGACCCUGCAGAGACAGGAGCAGCUGAUCGAGCUGUCCCGGGCCACGGCGCAGAAGAAGCUGUUCGAGGGGAAGCACCAGGAAGCCGUGCCCGCCGCCCUGCUCUCCCUGCGCUGCUGUGUGGAGAUCCACGGCACCAGCGCGUUGCAGCUCGUCCCCUCCUACCUGCUGCUCGCGGAGGCCUGCACCGGCCUGGGGAACCUCACCCAGGCGGAGGAGUACCUGUGCCGGGCCGAGUGGACGGUGCUGAAGAACACGGAGUGCGGCCGGCGCCUCCGGCACACGCUGCACCGCAGCCUGGGCUUGCUGCACGCCGCCAAGGGAGACCUGGAGGGGGCGCUGGAGCACCUCGCCAGCGACGUUUACUAUGCCAGUGAGGAGUUUGGCAGUGACCACAUUGUGACCAGCGGGGGCUAUUUCCACAUGGCCAAUGUAUUUUUCCGGCAGAACAAGAUGGACAUUGCGGACUCCCUGUACACAGAGGUGACGGCGAUCUGGCACAGACACCUGAGCAGCCUGCUGGAGGCCCACCAGCGCAGCGCCAGCGCGCCGGCAGACCCCCCUCUGGAGCACUCUCUCAGCGAGGCGCAGCAGGCUGAGGCCCAGCAGGUCCUGGGCGCCAUCCUGGACAUCCGCGAGCAAGCCCCCCGGCCGGACCCCACCCAGACCGCCCGCGCCGCCCACUCCCUGGCCCUGCUGCACUUCCUGGGCACCAACACGCCGAAGGUGGUGGAGUUUGGCAGGAAGGCUCUCCGCUGCAGCCAGCUGGUGCCAGACUGCGGCCUGACUGAACCCAUCGAGCGUCUCCUACAGCUGGCAGAGUCCAGGAGCGCCUGAGCGACGACAGGGCCCCGCCGUGCCAAACCACACCGCCCCACUGUGCCGACCCUAACUACCCCGGCCAGCAACUGGAGGGGCACAUUCCAAAUAAAAACCUCGUCUUCCACCUUUA